AAGAAAGUUGUCGUUUUUACAACGCAAAUUAUUUUCAUAGGAGAAAACAAUUCACAAAUCAGCAUGGAAAGGCAAAGAAAGGUCGCAACAAACAAGAUGGAACAAGUAAAACAAUCAGUUAAACGCAGACAUCAAGACAAUGACCGUUUCAAGAAGUUCAUCGGGAAUAAAAGCGAAGGCCAGGGAUUUGCAGAUAAGAGAAAGAAGAAGAUUCAGUACCAGUAUAUGAAAAUGAUGCAGAAGGAGCAGAAGAAAGCUCGAGCCACUGGCCAAGGCCCCGAAACUUCUCAACGGAUGCUUCCAUUUAGACGCCAUGGCAUAGAAGAUCAGAAAAGUCUUAGUGUGUUUUCUCGAGCCUUGCAAGAGAGUCAGUUGAGGAAGCAGAGGAAAGAACAGAAAAAACAAGCAUUUUUGGAACGAAAGCAAAAGAGAGAAGAAGCACAGGCAGUCUACCAGAAGAAGAAAAAGGAAACAUUCAAGAAGAUCUGCAAGCGAACUAGCAGGGGCCAGCCAGUGAUGAAGAAUCAAAUAGAAUACCUGCUGCAGAAGAUUGAGCGACAAAGAGAGCAGACUUGAUUGCAGUUAUUAUACUUUAUCAAGCAGUUUUGUUUGAGUCAAAACAAGGUGUGCAUGUCGCCCAAGAUUUGUUGGUUAUGGAUAUGUUUGCAUUUUCUUGAGAUUGGGUGUUGCUCAACUCAAUAUAUGAGGUUAUUAUAAUACAGUUGUUAUUGCGGUAGCUCAUAGAAUGAAAGCACAAAAAGGUUGACAUUUUAAACAUAUUCAUGAUUUUAUGUUGGGAAUUAUUAGGUCUGGGGCAUUGUCAUUUUUUAUACGCCCGUUUUUCAAAACAGGACGCAUUAUAGUUUCACCCUUGUCGGGCAGCAGGCAGGCGGCGGCAGCCACAGCCAUGUCCGCUCUCUAAUUCAAAUACUUUUCAUACAAUGUUCACCAAACUUGGUCAGAAGUUGAAUCCAGACAAUAUCUAGGUAAAGUUUGAAUAUGGGUCAUGCUGGGUCAAAAACUAAGUCAUGGGGUCACUUGGUGCAUUUCAAGGAUUUAGCAUGGUGUCCGCUCUCUAAUUGAAGUAGUUUUCAUCCAAUCUUCACCAAACUUGGUCAGAAGUUGUAUCUACACAAUAUCUAGGUCAAGUACGAUUUUGGGUCAUGCUGGGUCAAAAACUAGGUCACGGUGUCACUUUGUGCAUUUCAAGGAUUAAGCAUGGUGUCCGCUCUCUAAUUGAAGUAGUUUUCAUUGGAUCUUCACCAAACUUUGUCAGAAACUGUAUCUAGAUAAUAUAUAGGUCAAUUUCGAGUAUGGGUCAUGCCGGAUCAAAAACUAGGUCACAGGGUCACUAAGUGCAUUUCAAGGAUUUAGCAUGGCAUCCAAUCUCUAAUUGAAGUAGUUUUCAUCUUAUCUCCACCAAACUUGGUCUGAAGUUGAAUCUAGACAUUCCAAUAUCUAGGUCUAGUUCUAAUAUGGGUCAUGCUGGGUCAAAAACUAGGUCACUUAGUGCAUCUCAAGGAUUUAGCAUGGUGUCUGCUUUCUAAUUGAAGUAGUUUUAAUCCGAUCUUCACCAUGGUCAGAAGUUGUGUCUAGAUGAUAUGUAGGUCAAGUUCAAAUAUGGGUUAUGGUAAAGUUAUCAAAUUGUCCAAAACCUUCAAACGGGUGUAUCUUGUGACAGUUUGGCACUCUUGUUCUUGUUUGUUUAUUGGUGUCCAUUUUGUAGUCUUGGCCUUAUCUUAUUUCACUGUUGUCUUAUCUAAACAGCAGUGAUUUAAAAGGGGCUAUUAACUAUAGUGAAAAACAUAAAUUAUUUUCAAUGAUGCAAACUUUCCUUCUCUACAUAAAGUUAAACAAAACAUUAUCAAUGAUGCCCAAUUAAGAAGUUGUGAAAUUGGAUCACAAUAUACUUCUUGCCGGUAGGUCGGUAGGUCGGUCGGUCCGUCCGUCCGUCCACCAGGUGGUUGUCAGACGAUAACUCAAGAACGCUUGGGCCUAGGAUCGUGAAACUUCAUAGGUACAUUGAUCAUGACUUGCAGAUGACCCCUAUUAAUUUUGAGGUCACUAGGUCAAAGGUCAAGGUCACGGUGACCCGAAAUAGUAAAAUGGUUUCAGGAUGAUAACUCAAGAACGCAUACGCCUAGGAUCAUGAAACUUCAUGGGUAGAUUGAUCAUGACUCGCCGAUGACCCCUAUUGAUUUUGAGGUCACUAGGUCAAAGGUCAAGGUCACGGUGACCAGAAAUAGUAAAAUGGUUUCCGGAUGAUAACUCAAGAACGCAUACGCCUAGGAUCAUGAAACUUCAUGGGUAGAUUGCUCAUGACUCGCAGAUGACCCCUAUUGAUUUUGAGGUCACUAGGUCAAAGGUCAAGGUCACGGUGACCUGAAAUAGUAAAAUGAUUUUCGGAUGAUAAUUCAAGAACGCAUGUGCCUAGCAUGAUGAAACUAUAUAGGUAGAUUGAUCAUGACUUUCAGAUGACCCCUAUUGAUUUUCAGGUCACUAGGUCAAAGGUCAAGGUCAUGGUGACCCGAAAUAGUAAAAUGAUUUUCGGAUUAUAACUCAAGAACGCAUACGCCUAGGAUCAUGAAACUUCAUAGGUAGAUUGAUCAUGACUCGCAGAUGACCCCUUUUGAUUUUGAGGUCACAAGGUCAAAGGUCAAGGUCACGGUGACCCGAAAUAGUAAAAUGAUUUUCGGAUGAUAACUCAAGAACGCUUUUGCCUAGGAUCAUGACACUUCAUAGGUACAUUGAUCGUGACUUGCAGAUGACCCCUAUUGAUUUUCAGGUCACUAGGUCAAAGGUCAAGGUCACAGUGACAAAAGUCGCAUUCACACAAUGGCUGCCAGUACAACGGACAGCCCAUAUGGGGGGCAUGCAUGUUUUAUAAACAGCCCUUGUUUCAAACUGUGUCCAUGCGCCGCUUGGACACAGUUUUAUUUUAUGAGAAUUUAAAAUUAGAUCAAUAAAAAAUCCAGUUUUGUAGUAAAAUCAAUUUAAAUGAUGCUAUUAUAUAUGCAAGUAUCAAUUUUAAUUAUGAUAUGUCAAACUAAAUAAAUACAACAUGUAAAACUGCAUAUUAUGCACUGUUGAAAAGACACAAUUUAUUCCCAAAUUGAUGUCUUAUUCCAACUUCACAUAAGACUGUGUUGUCAUGUACUUAAAAGAACUAGGUCACCAGGUCAAAUCUUAGAAAAACCUUGUUACCAUUUUAGAGGCCUUAUUUACGACUGAAUCUUGAUAAAACUUGGUAAGAAUGUUUAUCAUGACUAAAUCAAGGUUGACUUUGAUUCUGGGUCUUUGCUUUCAAAAGACUAGGUAAUCAGGUGAAAUCUUUGAUUAUUGUUUUACUACUCUAGCGCCCACUCUUGUGACUCAAUCUUGAUGAGACUUGCUGAGAUUGUUUAUCUUGACAAUAUCUGGGUCAAGUGUGAAGUCAUGUCAUUUAAAAACUAGGUCACUAGGCCAAAUCUUAGAAGAAAAAAAAUUCUAUCUAUUGAGAAAAACAUUCAUGACUCGAUCUUGAUAAAACAAGGCCAGAAUAUUAAUCUAAAUAUUUUCUAUGCAGAUUUCAAUCAUGGUCAUGUGCAUCCAAAAACUAUUUCACUUAGUCAUCCACUUUAGAGGCCAUGUUUAUGAUACAAUCUUGAUGAAUCUUGGUCAGAAAAUUUCACCUGCCUAUACCUAGACUGUAUUGAAAUCUGGGUUGUGUGCUUAAAAAACACCAUUUUCUUUCUUAACCCAUUUAAGCCUAUCUUCUAGAAGAAAAGGCCUUGGCAAACAGUGUAGACCCAUCUGGGUCUGCGCUGUUUGCUUAAAAGAAUUUCUGUAAGAAAUAUUCUAAAUAUUUAAAUAAAUAUACUAGACAUCCCUAAUUUUGGAAAUGAAUCGAUCGAAUUUAGAAAGAUGGGAGAGUCCACUAGGCAUAAAUGGGUUAAGAUGCCACAUUUGUAAAUCAAUCUUCUGUGCAUAUUGUGUAUUUAGUGUUUUCAGACAAUAUCUGAAAUGAGUACAAAUAUGGGUUGCAUGCGUUACAACUACUAAAUUCCCUGGUCAAAUAUAAAGAAAUAUUAAUACCAUAAAAAGGCACAUUUAUGUCACAAUCUUUGUCUCAAUCUUUAUGAAACUUUAAUCGAAAACUUAUUUUGCAAAUAUUUAGGCUGAGGUGAAUCUGGGUCACUCACAUUUAAAAUUUGGUCACCAGGACAAAUCUGUAAAAAAAAAUCUUACACUCUAGGGUCAACAUUUAUGAUUAAAUCUGAAUAAAACUUGGUCAGCAUGUUAAUAUUGACAAUAUUAAGGCCAUGUUGGAAUUUGGAUCCAGCAUGGUCAAAAACUAGAUCACCAGCUCAACAAGUGGUUCCAGUGAGGUUAGGGGAGCAUUCAAGGGUCAUCAUUGCUGUCUUUAUGUUAAUGAAAACAUUUUUGUCAAUUUAAUUUUUGCUGCAAUGUAUUGUCAGAGGUAUUUUCUUGUUUUCACAUGCAUAUUUCAUGAAUAUAGUAUAUUAUUAUUAUUAUUGUAAAAUUUGCGUUUGCUAUAAAAAUAUAAUAAGCAGUUGUUCUUAUUUUUUAUGUUUUUUAGACAUUUAAUUAAAUAUAAAUAGUUAACAUCAUUUGCAUUUGCCACAGGAGGUUAAAUAUGUUAUUGUUCAAUUUUCUUCAUAUUUUUGUAUGAGAUAAUAUUGUCAUUAUAGCAAAAAAAAAGAAUUUUUUUUUUAUUAUUUUUUUAUUAAGAUUUGAUUUUCCUCACACUAUACCAUACCAUAACUAUGCCAUGUUAAUUUCCCUCGACAAUAUCAAAAUAUUUACGAGCAAACGCAGUUUGGUUUCAAUCAGCGUCGGAAGCACGACAGUUCUCAUGAGCUUCCCAAAGCCAAUUGUCACAAAAAAAUAAAAAAGGAGCAUUUUGUAUCUCGUUAGAUCUAUGUUACCGCACCACAUAUAGCCUUGAAAUGUUGGCUAUUGUCAUAAGGAACACUGAUUUUUAUGCCCCCGAAGGAGGGCAUAUAGUGAUCGGACUGUCUGUCUGUCCGUCACAUUUUGCGUUUAGGUUUCGAAAAAAUGCUCAUAAAUUCUGUGUCGCUUCAGAUAGCAACUUGAUAUUUGGCAUGCAUGUAUAUCUCAUGGAGCUGCACAUUUUGAGUGGUGAAAGGUCAAGGUCAUCCUUCAAGGUCAAAAUUUAAAAAAACAAAUCUAAGGGAAGUAAUAAGCUUUUAAGGGAGAUAAUUAUCUGUACCUGCCAACUGAUAAAAAAAAUCAAAGCGGCGCAGUAGGAGGCAUUGUGUUAUUGACAAACACAUCUCUUGUUUAAUGUGUUAUUUUUACGAAAUAUUCGUUGAUUUUUAGUAUUUCUGCGGCUUUAAAGUAGUUGUUAAUUCGAAACUUUAUUUCCUGUUGGCAAGGUUUACAAAGAUCCAUUCAAUUUUUAAGUUUUUAUUGACAUAAUGUAAAGGAGAGACCGUCAUUGGGAAAUAGUCUUGACAUUGAACACACCGUUAAAUCGCCUCCAGCGACGACUGUGUAUCAGACGACGACUGAGAUACUGUAUACAUGUCGGUGGAAAGCGGAGUGUAAGUAUUUCACUGUUCUUUAUAUAUUACGUUUUGGGUUGAGCAGGUUUAAGUGUGUUCUGUGAGUGCCUAAGUGAGAAGGACUUCGUGACCGUACUCCCUCCGUUCCUAGUUGCUUACUUUUCAAUAAAUCAGUCAGAAUGUGGUAAAAAUUCAAACAAAAUUCACCACUCUCUCAGUCAAACUCUAGAUUCACAGGAUUUAGACCAAAGAUAAAUAUGAACAACGUUUUAUUAAAAUCUUGAAUCAUUUGUCUUCGGUUAUUCCAAAUUACAGCAUCCCACAUGAACAUGCAACAUUUUUAUAUACAUUUAAAUUCGAGCGGGUUUUGAAAGGGGCUAUUAACUAUAGUGAAAAACAUUUAUUAUUUUCAAUGCUGCAAACUUUCCUGCACUACAUAUAGAUAAAGUUAAACAAAACAUUAUCAAUGAUGCCAAAUUAAGAAGUUGUGAAAUUGGAUCACAAUAUAUUUCUUGCAUUUUUUGUCCAUUUUGACCCUGUUGAAACGUUAAAUAAUAUUUAUGCUAAAUUAAAAUCUGGGUCAUAACACUGUUUUAUGUGAAUUUGGAAUAAGACAUCAAACUGGUGAUUUGCUUAAACAAAACUAUUCAUUUCAUGAUCUGAAUUUAUUUUUGUAAUAUUUUGUCUAUACUUCAAGCUCAAUGAGCAAUUUUCUAUGACUUUCAUUAACAGUGAUUGUAUUUUUGUCCUUUUUACUGUAUUUUUUUAAACUGUGUCCAUGCACCGCUUGGACACAGUUUUAUUUUAUGAGAAUUUAAAAUUAGAUCAAUAAAAAAUCCAGUUUUGUAGUAAAAUCAAUUUAAAUGAUGCUAUUAUAUAUGCAAGUAUCAAUUUUAAUUAUAAUAUGUCAAACUAAAUAAAUACAACAUGUAAAACUGCAUAUUAUGCACUGUUGAAAAGACACAAUUUAUUCCCAAAUUGAUGUCUUAUUCCAACUUCACAUAAGACUGUGUUGUCAUGUACUUAAAAGAAC